GAGCCCGCAGGAGCCAUGGACAGCUUCAUGGAGUCACUGAACCGGCUGAAGGAUGUCCAUGAGAACGAGGUCCGGGGUCUGCAGAAUAAACUCCUGGAGCUGAACUCCGAGCGAUGCCGGGAUGCCCAGAGGGUGGAGGAGCUCUGUGCCAAGAACCAUCAGCUCAGGGAGCAGCAGAAGGCACUGAAGGAGAACGUGCGGGUGCUGGAGAACAGGCUGCGAGCUGGCCUGUGUGACCGCUGCAUGGUCACCCAGGAGCUGGCCAGGAAGAAGCAGCAGGAGUUCGAGAACUCACUCCUCCAGAACCUGCAGCACGUCAUCAUCCUCACCAACGAGUUGACCCGGCUGCAGGGAGAAAACGAGGCGUUGAAGGAGGAGGUGAAGCGGCUCCGGGGCCCAGGGCUCAAGCCCCAAUACAGGGAGGGUGCGUCAGACCCCCCCUCACCCCUACUACUCCCCUCCCCGGGCGCUCGGAAGGCCGUCACCGAGAAGACAGCGGGAGGCCACAAGGAGGCCGGGGGCGACCAGCCAGAAAAGUGCACGGGCUCCAGAACGUCUCCCGCAGCCAAAAUCUCCCCAAGUGCCAGCCUGCCCGAGACGCGGGCCCCAGACAUGAGCCCCCAGCGGAUCUCCAACCAGCUGCACGGGACCAUUGCCGUGGUGCGGCCGGGGUCCCAGGCCUGCUCUGCUGACCGGGGCUCUGCCAACGGGACGCCCGCACUGCCACUCGCCGGGAGCAGCCCCCCCAGCCCACCCUAUGAGCACAGCCUCCCCCUGGACAGCCUUCUGCGGGCCUCCCGGCACCCGGUCAUGACCUAUGAGUCCCUGAAGCGCUCCCUCCGGGCUGACCGCCUCUGCCUCCUCAACCGCCACCUGGCCCUGCACCUCCAGAGCCCCCACGGCAGCCCCCAAGUGCCCGCCUCAGCCCCGAGCGGCCCCCGGCCCCAGCGCCUGAAGGCUGGAGAGGCAGAGGCCUGGGAGGAGCCCGUGGGCCCGCCGGGCCUCCCAGGGGGCCUAGCGGACAUGCGAGACCCUCGGCUGGAGGGGGCUCUGCACCUGCUCCUGGCCCAGCAGCUGCGGGCACAGGGGCGGAUGGGCAGUGCCAGGCUGAGGGGUCCGCCCACGCCAGGAGGGACCCCACCCUCCCCACCAGUCAGCUCUGACUCAGAAGGCCCCCUGGGUGAGGCAGCCCCAUCCAGAGGGGCACACGCACAGCCCACUGGCCCAGGGAGCCCCAGGGGCAAGGAAGCCACAGCCACACAGGACUCUGCCCCGGACAAGCCCCUGGACCUCUCAGAGCGUGGCCGGGGCCGGGAUGCACCCAUGCGUCCUGACCAGCCGGGGUCACCCAGUUCCCCAGCUGCCCGCACUCCCAGCCCAGAGCCACCCCCAGAAGUGGAGCCACCUGUCCAGCCUGCACCCUGGGGACUCAGCAAUGGCAUCAAGGGAGCUAGAGCUCCAGAGGCGGAAGGACCCCCAAGUCCUGCGGACCCCGCACAGGCUCUUCCGGGGCCCCACCCCCAUGUGCCCUCUCUGAGCGGAAUGAGAGAUGAAGCUAGAGGGGGGCCAAACCCCUCCCCCGACCCACACAGGCCUGAUGCUGAUGGCCGCCCAGAGCUCAGCAAGGCCCAAGUGCAGUGGCUGGAGUCGGAGGAACUGGACGAGUCGGACACCUCGGAAGAUGAGGUGGGCCAGAGCUCCGAGGUGGGGGCCAAGCCGCGCACGCCGCGGGCGGGGCCCAGGUGCUUCUGCACUGAGGAGCAAGGGCAGGGCCCCCAGCAGAAGAGGAAGCGAGCCGUGGGCCCCUGGUGCAGAGCUUCCAAGAAGCCACCACCAGGGAGAAGGAGUCCGGGGGAGCCCCUGACAGCACACGAGGGAUCCAGGAGCCCAAGGGACCCCGAGGAUGGCAGCCCCCCACCCAGCAACAGCAGCUGGGAGGAGACUUAGCAGGCUGCUCCCAGGGGCACCACGACCGACAGCCCAGCACGGGGCAGGAGGGUCCAGGUCCUGGACCCUCUCCACACGGGCUGGCAAGGCCAAGAGGGGGUCUUUAGCUGGCCACCUAAACCCUCCCUCUCCACCCAACUCAGAAAUGACCUGCUAGUCCUGGCGCUCUGCCCUCACCCCAGCGCCUGCUCCCUUGUGGGGAGGUGGGGCUCUCAGAGGCAGGGGAGGCAGGGGUGACCCAGACUCCAGACCAGCCCCCACCCCUGCUGCACAGAAGCAACCCUUCCUGGGCUGUGCCCCCACUUUUGAGCGUCCCAGACUCACUGGCAUCCCUGACCCCAGGCCACCCCCUCCCUAAUUGGGCAGAGAGCGCUAGUGGUGGUCUCAGGCGCCCCCUCGUGGAGUCCUGCAAACGUGCUGGGCGGUCGGGUGUGGGGAGGCAAGUGGGCGGUGGUGGGCGCCGCAAGGGAGCGGGUACCCAGGAACAAAGGUGUAAGGGAUGGCAUGUGCGCUGGCAGAGGCAGGGGCCCAGCUGGGUCUCCACCAGCCUGGGCUCUUGCACGCGUCCAGGCCUGGGGAAUAACACCAGCCGGUUGGCAGAGGGUGCAGGGACCAGGGCAACCUCUGGGGAGUGCCGCAGGGAGCAGCACAGAGAAUCUGCGCCCGCCCCACACAGAUCCCCCUCCUCACUGACUCCUCCUAGUCCCCGACCCCACAUCUGCCACCUGCAGGAUGCCAGGGCAGCUCUGCUGGGAUUGCACGCUUAGCCCUCCGGACACCCUGCUCCUUCAGCCACUGACCAUCACUCUAGGAGAGUGUGUCAGAGCACCCUCUUUGGGAGGAGCUGAAACAGGCUCCCGGGCCCCAUCCCAGACCCACCGAACUGAGGUCUUGGAGGCGGGCCUGCACGUGAGGUUUGAAAAGUUUGAGAACUGCCCAUUCUGGGCAAAGCCAGGGCACGGGGCAGUGACUGGGCUGGGUGCGGCCUGCGGCAAAUUGAAGGUGCAGGUCUGACGACAGGACUGCGGCUGCCCCUCAUUCACUGGCCUGCCCGCCUGCUGGUCCCAGAGACCAGAGGGACUAAAUUCCCAAGAAUGAAGCUGGGGUGAGGGGUGUGUGUGUGUGUGUGUGUGUGUGUGUGUGUGUGUGUGUGUGAGAGAGAGAGAGACAACGCCUGUUGUUAAAAGUUGCUUUGAUUUUUCUGACAUCAAAUAAAA